GGGCGGGGCCGCCGGCUGGGGGAGCCGCCGCCGCCGCAGCCGCUUGGGUCGGGAAGCGAUGUAGUAGCUGCCAGGCUGUCCCCCGCCCUGCCCGGCCCGAGCCCCGCGGGCCGCCGCCGCCACCGCCGCCAUGAAGAAGCAGUUCAACCGCAUGAAGCAGCUGGCUAACCAGACCGUGGGCAGAGCUGAGAAAACAGAAGUCCUCAGUGAAGAUCUAUUACAGAUUGAGCGACGCCUGGACACGGUGCGGUCAGUAUGCCACCAUUCCCAUAAGCGCUUGGUGGCAUGUUUCCAGGGCCAGCAUGGCACCGAUGCCGAGAAGAGACACAAAAAACUGCCUCUGACAGCUCUCGCUCAGAAUAUGCAAGAAGCAUCAACUCAGCUGGAAGACUCUCUCCUGGGGAAGAUGCUGGAGACGUGUGGAGAUGCUGAGAAUCAGCUGGCUCUCGAGCUCUCCCAGCACGAAGUCUUUGUGGAGAAGGAGAUCGUGGACCCUCUGUGCGGCAUAGCCGAGGUGGAGAUUCCCAACAUCCAGAAACAGAGGAAACAGCUUGCAAAAUUGGUGUUAGACUGGGAUUCCGUCAGAGCCAGGUGGAACCAAGCUCACAAAUCCUCAGGAACCAACUUUCAGGGGCUUCCAUCAAAAAUAGAUACUCUAAAGGAAGAGAUGGAUGAAGCUGGAAAUAAAGUAGAACAGUGCAAGGAUCAACUUGCAGCAGACAUGUACAACUUUAUGGCCAAAGAAGGGGAGUACGGCAAAUUCUUUGUUACGUUAUUAGAAGCCCAAGCAGAUUACCAUAGAAAAGCAUUAGCAGUCUUAGAAAAGACCCUCCCUGAAAUGCGAGCCCAUCAAGAUAAGUGGGCAGAAAAACCAGCCUUUGGGACUCCCCUGGAAGAACACCUGAAGAGGAGCGGGCGCGAGAUUGCGCUGCCCAUUGAAGCCUGUGUCAUGCUGCUCCUGGAGACAGGCAUGAAGGAGGAGGGCCUUUUCCGAAUCGGGGCUGGGGCCUCCAAGUUAAAGAAACUGAAAGCUGCUUUGGACUGUUCUACUUCUCACCUGGAUGAGUUCUAUUCAGACCCCCAUGCUGUAGCAGGUGCUUUAAAAUCCUAUUUACGGGAAUUGCCUGAACCUUUGAUGACUUUUAAUCUGUAUGAAGAAUGGACACAAGUUGCAAGUGUGCAGGAUCAAGACAAAAAACUUCAAGACUUGUGGAGAACAUGUCAGAAGUUGCCACCACAAAAUUUUGUUAACUUUAGAUAUUUGAUCAAGUUCCUUGCAAAGCUUGCUCAGACCAGCGAUGUGAAUAAAAUGACUCCCAGCAACAUUGCGAUUGUGUUAGGCCCUAACUUGUUGUGGGCCAAAAAUGAAGGAACACUUGCUGAAAUGGCAGCAGCCACAUCCGUCCAUGUGGUUGCAGUGAUUGAACCCAUCAUUCAGCACGCCGACUGGUUCUUCCCUGAAGAGGUGGAAUUUAAUGUAUCGGAAGCAUUUGUACCUCUCACCACCCCGAAUUCUAAUCACUCUUCCCACACUGGAAACGACUCUGACUCGGGGACCCUGGAGAGGAAGCGGCCUGCUAGCAUGGCGGUGAUGGAAGGAGACUUGAUGAAGAAGGAAAGCUUUGGUGUGAAGCUUAUGGACUUCCAGGCCCACCGGCGGGGUGGCACUCUAAAUAGAAAGCACAUAUCCCCUGCUUUCCAGCCGCCACUCCCGCCCACAGAUGGCAGCACCGUGGCGCCCGCUGGCCCAGAGCCCCCUCCCCAGAGCUCUAGGGCUGAAAGCAGCUCUGGGGGUGGGACUGUCCCCUCCUCUGCGGGCAUACUGGAGCAGGGGCCGAGCCCAGGUGACGGCAGUCCUUCCAAACCCAAGGAUCCUGCAUCUGCAGCUGCGCCAGCACCAGGGAGAAACAACAGUCAGAUAGCCUCUGGCCAAAACCAGGCCCAGGCAGCUGCCGGCUCCCACCAGCUCUCCCUGGGCCCACCUCACAGUGCUGCGGGGCCCAGCCCGCAUACUCUGCGCCGAGCUGUUAAGAAACCCGCUCCAGCACCCCCGAAACCAGGCAACCCACCUCCUGGCCACCCCGGGAGCCAGAGUUCUUCAGGAACAUCUCAGCAUCCACCCAGUCUGUCACCAAAGCCACCCACCCGAAGCCCCUCUCCUCCCACUCAGCACACGGGCCAGCCUCCAGGCCAGCCCUCCGCCCCCUCCCAGCUCUCAGCACCCCGGAGGUACUCCAGCAGCCUGUCUCCAAUCCAAGCUCCCAAUCACCCGCCACCACAGCCCCCUACGCAGGCCACGCCGCUGAUGCACACCAAGCCCAAUAGCCAGGGCCCUCCCAACCCCAUGGCAUUGCCCAGUGAGCAUGGACUUGAGCAGCCAUCUCACACCCCUCCCCAAACUCCAACGCCCCCCAGUACUCCGCCCCUAGGAAAACAGAACCCCAGCCUGCCAGCUCCUCAGACCCUGGCAGGGGGUAACCUUGAGACUGCACAGCCACAUGCUGGAACCUUACCGAGACCGAGACCAGUACCAAAGCCAAGGAACCGGCCCAGCGUGCCCCCACCCCCCCAUCCUCCUGGUGUCCACUCAGCUGGGGACAGCAGCCUCACCAACGCAGCACCGACAGCUUCCAAGAUAGUAACGGAUGCCCUUCCUCGUGCCCUCACAGGUGGGGAAGGUGUCCAGGACUAAGGUCUGUAACGGCCCGAGCAGCUUGCCCCACAGCUCCACACGCUCCUGCGUAGCCAUGUUUUGCAUAUGUGCUUUUGACUGUGUGCUCAGGAGCAACCUUUAGACCCUGUGCCCUGACAGCCAAUGGGCCAUCCCUUCUGUAGCAUAUAGACUUUUCUUUAUUUUUAUCAGAAGCACUUUGAGCUGCAGUGCUUCAAAUUCAAGGAGUAGAUGUCAGUAGAUCAAGAGCCUGAUUUUAAGCUGCUCUUGAAGAGUAUCUUCUUUCUUAGGGGCCAGGCACAGUGGCUGGUGCCUGUAGUCCCAGUACUUUGAGUGGCUGAGGUAGGAGGAUUGCUUGAGCCCAGGAGUUCGAGACUGCAGUGGUAGUGAUUGUGUCACUGCUGGCUGCAUUCCAGUCUGCAUGACAGAGUGAGACCCUGUCUCUUUUAAAAAAAAAAAAAGGAAUAUCUUUGGUCUUUUUGGUGAGCCUCUUACCAGCAGUCUACUCUUCCCAGUGUGACUUACCUGUCACUGAUGGGCUCACCGGCAUCCAACCAAAGAGGACCCGGGCGCCGUCAGCACGGGAGGAAAUUGUGUCCUUUGUGUCUUGAGCUUUAAUUUUAAAUUUUUGUAUCUUAAGUGCAAGUUAACUGCAUGAAGCUUCUUAAUUUGAUAUUUUAAAUUCUUCUCAAGGCCAAAAAAUUAAAAAAAUCUUCCCCCAAAUACCCUACACAGAAUUCUUUUAAAUUCCUUUGCAUUCUAGCAUGCUUCCAUUUUGCUUUCUUAAACCAUAUGAACUUUUUAAAAGGCACUGUGAGCUCAUCUAAGUCUGCUGCUGGGUCUACAUGUGGACAGCAUAAGGCCCUCAUUAUGUGUACAGCUGCUUUAAUCAGCUGACCUGAGCCUUACGCCUACUGUGGGGCCCUUAGCCGGAGUGCUCACAGCUUAGGUCUGAGUAAGACUUUCUGUAGGAACCAGAAGUGGAAAACCAGAGCAUAGCCUUCAAAACAGGGAGGAGGCCCAGGCACGAUUCCACAAUUUCAUGCUUGUGAUACACCAAAAUGUUAUUCUCAGAUAUUUCCUUCUUUUUAAAUGCGAGAUUCCAAACCAGAAUUAUGCCUAUUCUUUAAUACCAUUGUUACCUGGGGUAUAUUUAUUCCAGAAGUUUACUUUAUUGAUCUGCUACAACACUGUAAUGUACUGCUGUAAUUAUUAGAUAAGUGAACUUUUACAUUAAAAGUAUGUUUCCCUAAGAUAUUAGCUAUUUAAAAACCAAUCUAUGCUAUGAGUUCUCCUAACUCAAGAAAUUCCAGGUCACCACAGUUAUCUUUAUAUUACAGAAUUAACCUGUACUAUCUUAAAAUCCCCUGGCCUGCCAUUGAAAGUGCACAGAAGGCCAACAUUUAGAAUUUUUGAAUCUGCUAGUGUUGAUCAUACUGCUAUUAACCAUUCUUGGAUAUAGCCAUUAGGUUUUUUCAAGGAGGAAGAAAAUAUAACUUCUUGGACAGGAUGGUCCUUUAUUGUGACAUAAUGUUUUCACUUAGAAAACUUUAGAUGGACAAAUUCCUGAAAACAGGUUAUUCCUUUAGAAUUGGAUUAAGUUAGAGUUUUAAAGAGUUGGGUUAAGGCUCAUGGGAUUAAUAUAAAUUCUUGGGGGAGAUUAUUGUUGCCAAGCAGGUUUGGCAGCCAACUUCUCACAGCUCAGCACCAGCACUGGAGGAUGCCGGGAUUCUGGCGUCGUUUUGAGUCUCCUGUUAAUUGUGACUCUAGAGAGCAGUAAGAGUUUUAAUUCCCAUGGAAAAGAGUUUACAUCUUGCUACUUUUGAAAUAAUAGAUUUUAGCAAAGAGUAUUC